CUCUAACAAUUUCUGUGAUUUUAUUUUUGUGAUUUUAUUUGUUUGUCGUGCAAGGAAGAUAUACACACACAUACACAAACACACAUACAAUGCAAACCCCAAAUAUCAUCAGUGCCGACGUAGCACCGCAAUUCUACGAUAGUAUUAGUGAUCGCUAUGAGAAGUAUUAUGCGCAGAAUCAGGGCUUGUUGGAUUUUGUUAGAGAGAGUUUGGAGUUGCUGCCGAGGGAUGCUGAGGUCCUAGACAUCGGCUGCGGAACCGGCAUUCCCACCUCCCUCGCGGUGACAAACUCCGGUCGCAAACUGCACGGCAUCGAUAUCUCACCCAAGAUGAUCGCUCGCUCGCGGGAAAAUGUUCCGGCGGGAACAUUCGAGUUGGUGAGUAUGUUGGAUUAUGUACCGAGAGGGGGGCUCAAAUACGAUGGCAUGUUUGUCGUGCUAUCCAUGUUUCAUUUCACGAGAGAGGAAAUGCGGAGGGCGGUGGGGAGGUGGAGGGAGUGGGUGAAGGGGGGUGGGGAGGGAUAUGUUUUUGUAGGGACGAUUGCGGCGGAGGAUGCGGUGGGGAUUGGGGAGGGGGUGGUUUCGGAUGAUGGGCGCUACGCAGAACAUGUCCCGGGAAAAUUCAUGGGCGAAGUGAAUACGAAUUUUCUGUACACGCAACUGGGAUGGGAGGAAGUUUUGGCGGAGAAUGGAUUUGAGAUUGUGAAGGAGGGGAAGGCGGUUUUUGAACCGCCGGAAGAGGCGGAAUGUGAUAGGGAAGUGCAUUUUUUUAUUACGGCGAGGAUGAGGUAG